CACGCAGCUCGCCCAAAGGAGAAAAGUAAAGUAGAAAAGAAAUAAAAAGAGAGAAAGCGACGCGAAAAGCAGAAAGGAAAACUCCGUUCUCUCCUGGAAGAAGAACAGGUGGGGGGGGAGGGAGAGGAGAGGAGAGGAGAGGCGACCACCGCGUAGGCUGUCGCGCAGAUCCGAUCGAUCGAGCUCUCUCCUCCUCCUCGUCCUCGCGGCGCAGUUGGUGUUCUGUACAAUGGCACAAGAGAGCUGGAAAAAGGAGGCAGAGGAGACUGGAGUCCACACACCUGAGGCCCCUAUAUUGUGCGUUAACAACUGUGGCUUCUUUGGCAGCCGAAUGACAGAGAAUAUGUGCUCAAAGUGUUACAGGGAUACUGUUAAGGCCAGGACAGUGGCCAGUGUGGUGGAGAAGAAAUCCCUUGUUUCAUUGUCUUCCACACCUUUGGUAUCAGAAGACACAGAUGGAGGGUCUGGUUCUGUCGCAGCUGGGAAACAAGUAGUGGAGGACGAUACACCAAAGCCACCCAGCAAUCGUUGCUUAUCAUGCCAGAAGAAGGUUGGGUUGACGGGAUUCAAGUGCCGCUGCGGAGGUACCUUCUGUUCAAUGCACCGUUAUGCCGAUUCACACAAAUGCACAUUUGAUUACAAGCAGGCCGGGAGGGAGCAGAUAGCCAAACAGAAUCCUAUUGUGAAAGCUGACAAGAUCACCAAAAUCUGAUGGCGGUUCUGGAGGACCGAUGCUUAUUGAUUUGCUACUUGACCUGUCAAGUUUCCUUCAAAAUUAUACUUCAGGGGUUGGAUGUAUCUAUCAUUCUCCUGAGAUUUGCUUUGCCAGUGAACGCCUUCGACAAACACCACGGAUUGAUGUCUGUCUCUAAUACUGGAGCACUGCUCAAAGGGCUCGGGCACGCCUUCAAGACUAUACAUUCCUUGGUGUUUGCGUGGGAGUUUUCAUUGGCACAGGUGCACUUCUCCUUAUUUGCAGUAUGAAUAAUGUAAAUAUUUAUAUUUUAUCAAUAUGCGAUUCUACUUAUUACAUUAUUAUGCUCAAGGUUCAUCAGGCUUCCAUGAUCAACUGCCACUCUUUGUGUAAAUAGAUUACUGUGUGUUUUUGUGGUGCCAUAAUGGUAUUACCCAGUGUCAAUACCUC